AUGGACUCAACACAAGUGGUGAGCAGUUCUAAUUGCAUAACACUAAUGGAAGUGAUUGGUAAUGAUCUGCACGUGUCGAGUACGAUGCCGUCCAUUGAAGUGGGGACUAUAGGCGGGGGAACUGUACUCCAGCCACAGGGUGCUUGUCUUGAGCUAUUGGGAGUGAGGGGUGCGUCUGAUAUAGCGGGCAGUAAUGCGAGUGAAUUGGCGGCCAUAGUGUGCGCCACUGUAUUGGCCGGUGAGCUGUCCAUUAUGUCUGCCCUAUCGACCGGACAUUUGGUCCGUUCGCAUAUGAAACACAACAGAUCUAAAUUAUUUGGGAUAUAUGUAUCAGGGUUCUCUCAACAGGGUUCGAAAGAUCUUUGA